CUCAUAUGUAUUCCUGCCAUUUGUCGCGUGCGUGCAAUGUGUUUCUGAACCAAAACAUUGAAACAAAAAUCUAUUUCUUCUGUUAUCACCCACAAAAUGCCGAAAUUUCAACAUUUAGUAGUAGAUACCGCAGCAUUUGUAAAAAAUGUGCAGCUUCAGUACUAUGCCGAAGACUGCUAUACCACACCGGGUGUUAUGGCUGAAAUCCGCAAUAAUCGACAGCUUAAGAGAUUGGCAGUGCUUCCGUACAAUCUGCAAGUAAAGAGCCCCGAUCCAGAUGUGCUGGCGAAAGUUGUAGCGAUAGCAAAGAAAACAGGCGACUAUGCUUCGCUCUCGCUCGUCGAUCUGCAGGUCAUCGCCUUGACGUACGAACUGGAAACAAUACACGUAGGUCGUGACCAUCUGCGUGAUGAACCGAAACCGGCCAUCAUGGUGACUGCUGAUAGGAAACCAGCUGCGCUUCGGGGCACUGAAUUGUUGAAGGGAUUUUAUAUUCCGUCGCGAAAGGCUAACAAAGACGACAAGGAGUUGCAACAGGACAGCAGUGUUUCUAAGACACCUGACCAGCCUGAACGUGAAGAACAGGAACAACCCGAUCCAGUGUCCGAUUCAGUUACAGAUGAACAAAAUGAACCUGAAGAACAAGAACAACCCGAUCCAGUGUCCGAUUUAGUUACAGAUGAACAAAAGGAAACUGCAAUUGAUUCAGCAAACGAAGAGGAAGAUCCUGAUAACGAAAUUUGCGAAGAGGAAGAUGAUUUGGAGGAUGUGGAUGAGGAUGAGGAUGAUGAUGGUGAUGACGACGACGGCCAAGGUUGGAUAACGCCGAGCAACAUCAAGCAGGUUAAACGAGACAUGGGUACGGAUGUGCACGAAGAGGCAGCGACCACCGUAGCAUGCAUCACAACCGAUUAUGCGCUGCAGAACGUGUUGAAACAGAUCGGCUUGAAGGUUGCAGCCCUAGAUGGUCGUAUUAUCAAGCAGGUGCGCACGUACAUUUUGCGCUGUUAUUCCUGCUUUAAAACUACGCCUGAUGCGACAAAAGUAUUCUGUCCGAAGUGUGGCAAUAAUACGCUAAAGAAAGUAGCCGUUAGCUUAGACGCAGAGGGCAAGCAGAUCAUUCAUAUCAACACUCGGCGACCGCUGACGGCCAAGUACAAAAAUCGACCAGUGGCUAAGUUCACCGGAGGCAAGUAUGCUACCAAUCCGCUGCUGUUCGAAGAUCAACCGUUGCCACAGCAACGCAUCUCGGUUAAGGCACGUUCGAAGACAAAUGCGCUUGGCGAUGAUUAUACCUCCGGUUAUUCACCGUUCGUGAUGCGGGACGUGGAUUCGCGUUCAGCCGUACUGCGUGGAUCUUCGAAUUUGAAGCAGCGAAUGACGAACUACACGUAUGAUAACAAACGGCGAGGUUAUAAUAAGUAGGGAGUCGGGAAGAUGCUGCUGAGGAUAUCUGGAUUAAGUAAAAACCACAUUUUUGUUCUAGCUUCGUUUUGAGGCUUAAAUAUAAUGUGCAUCGGAAAAGAAUACUAUCAAGUUUAGGGAAACUGAGUUGGUUUGCCACCGGACGGUAUCGUGUGGUACCGAACAUUCUGCAAGCUUUUAUAUUCCCGCAUAGAUCCAUAUGUAAUAAAGGCAAAUGCAUAUUAUGUUGCUUAUA